CAAGCUAUUGGUUAGUCGUGGAAAAAAUCGCACUCUAUUCUGAGUGACAAAAUAGUUGAUCCAAGAUGGCGGAUCAGGGAACUGGGAGCUUACAUGGGGGAGAUUUGCCUUUGAAUUAUCAGGAGCAGGAUUUAAGUGAUAGACUGAAGCGACUCUACCCGGCUGUCAACGAGGACGAGACCCCACUGCCUCGUUCUUGGAGCCCCAAAGACAAAUAUAAUUACAUCGGGCUGUCACAGAACAACCUCAGGGUACACUACAAAGGUCAUGGAAAAAACCAUAAAGAUGCAGCCUCCGUGAGGGCCACUCAUCCUAUCCCAGCUGCUUGUGGUAUCUAUUACUUUGAGGUGAAGAUUGUAAGCAAAGGACGUGAUGGGUACAUGGGAAUUGGUUUGUCUGCGCAGGGUGUCAACAUGAACAGAUUGCCUGGGUGGGAUAAACAUUCUUAUGGUUACCAUGGUGAUGAUGGACAUUCAUUCUGCUCUUCGGGGACUGGACAACCUUAUGGACCUACUUUUACCACGGGGGAUGUAAUUGGCUGCUGUGUUAACUUAAUCAACAACACUUGUUUUUACACUAAGAAUGGACAUAGUUUGGGUAUUGCUUUUACAGACCUUCCUUCCAACCUCUACCCUACUGUGGGUCUUCAAACUCCAGGGGAAAUUGUGGAUGCAAACUUUGGUCAGCAACCCUUUGUAUUUGACAUUGAAGACUACAUGCGAGAAUGGAGAGCAAAGAUCCAGGGCACUAUCACACGUUUCCCAAUUGGUGACCGUCUUGGGGAAUGGCAAGCAAUGCUACAAAAUAUGGUGUCGUCAUACCUGGUGCAUCAUGGGUACUGUGCUACAGCUACUGCGUUCGCAAGAGUGACAGAAACAAACAUCCCAGAAGAGCAGAUUUCUAUAAAGAAUAGACAAAAAAUACAGAAGUUGGUUCUAGCAGGCAGAGUGGGUGAAGCUAUUGAAGCUACACAGCAGCUUUAUCCUGGUCUUUUAGAACAUAAUCCCAACCUUCUCUUCAUGUUAAAGUGUCGCCAAUUUGUAGAAAUGGUGAAUGGAUCAGACAGUGAAGUCCGUUGUUUUAGUUCCCGAAGUCCCAAAUCCCAAGAAAGUUACCCAGGUUCUCCUAACCUUAGUCCUAGACAUGGAGCCAACAAUCCACACUUGCACAAUAUAGGUGCAGAAAGUCCGACCUGCAGCAAUGGUGUGUCUUCAAUGAAAAGCAAGCAGUCAAACAGUAAAUAUGUUGGCCUCAGCUCUUCAUCUUCGUCUUCGUCCUCGUCUUCCUCUCCAUCAUCAGUCAACUACUCUGAAACAAACUCCACAGAUUCCACAAAAUCACAGCCGCAUAGUAGCACAAGUAACCAAGAGAGCAGUGACAGCGAUAUGGAAAUGGAGGCAGAACACUACCCAAAUGGAGUACUAGAAAACACAAACAGCAGGGUAAUGAACGGCACAUACAAACAUGAAGAAAUCCUACAGACCGAUGAAUCCAGCAUGGAGGACGGCUGUGUACAAAGACAACUAUGUGGGGGUAACCAGGCAGCAACAGAGAGAAUGAUACAUUUUGGACGGGAGUUGCAGACUUUAAGUGAACAUCUGUGCCAGCAGUUUGGAAAGAACACAACACAUAAAAAAAUGCUACAGGAUGCUUUUAGUUUGCUGGCAUAUUCAGAUCCAUGGACCUGCCCAGUUGGCCAGCAGUUGGAUCCCAUUCAGAGAGAGCCCAUAUGUGCUGCAUUAAAUAGUGCUAUAUUAGAAUCACAGAACCUGCCAAAGCAGCCCCCACUAAUGCUGGCAUUGGGCCAGGCCUCUGAAUGUCUGCGACUCAUGGCUCGUGUAGGUCUUGGCUCCUGUUCCUUUGCCAGAGUGGAUGAUUAUUUGCACUAGCUACAAUUAGAAUGCCAGAGACCACCCACCAUGUUCUCCAGUAUCUUCUUUUUUUUAUUUCAUAUUUUUUUUCACCUUUGAUCAGCAGCCUUUUAUUUAUCUUAGCACUGCUCCUCCAGGGCAUCUUUGCCUGCCAAACAAUGCACAUGGGUCACAGCUAUAUGCUGUAUUUUAUAAUACAUGUAUCAUACAAACUACAAACUUAUAUAUUGUUACACCAGAGAUACAGCUGUACAGAUUAGAAUUUCAUUGCAUGUUCUGUCUGUGACUCCCAGGCAGUGCUGAGAAUUUUUAAGUAACACUGCUAUGAAAUUAGUUGGGUAGGAGAUACCUAUCAGCCAAUUAACCACAGGCCACAAUUCCUGCAGUAAACUGUCACCUUAUUUUGCUUCUUCCAUGUUCAGCCACCAGAUCAAAAACUUGCUCAUUUUUCUCAUUCAUAGGUGCUAACAGUAGUGAUUGUUAAUCGACUAAAAGCUGUCUCACAUCUACAAACUUUACUUUAGAUUAUCCUCAUGCAGUAUGGAACCCCAAGAUGUAUGCACCAUGCCCACACAUGGUUAAUAUUGGAACAGAUAUUGCUUAGUCAUUUUUUGAUUAUCUUCACUGGUAGUCAAACACUUCACUUGGGAUUGGAAAAGACAGAAAACUGUUGGAAGGCCCACAUCUAGGAGUGCCAAGAAUUGCUUGCCUUGGUGUACAAACAAUUCAUUAUGCAGAGGUGCCACCUUUAUAAAUGAUCUCCAGUUUAAGUGGUUGGUGAAAAAAUGGGAGAUCCAGGUCAUUUACUUACUAAUUCCCUGCACAUUCAGAGCUUGAGUUUGUUUUUGGUUUGGAAGUGAAGCAUUUUGUAGCUUAAACUGGAAAGAGACUAAAUCUAUGUAAUGAAUGUAUAUUGCAAAAUUAUGUUUAAAAAAAAAAAGGGAGUGCUGUGACACAUUUUUACUAAUGGAGGUUCUAAACGGCAAGGAUACUGCUCAUAUUCUCACACCAUUUUAUUAUCUCCUCCUUUCCCUGCCUCACAUACCAUUCCACUGAGUAUGGUGAGAAUGCUGGGGAGCUAUUACAUGGCAAUCUUCUGUGAGGGAACAGUGAUCUUGGUAGCCUCAAUAAUGGACAUGGGGGGAGGGCAGGAGGGAGUGGGCAUAAGAAUCCAUUAGAUGCAAACAUCCAGCAGUUCACGUAUGCAAGGGAACCAAGAACAGAGCUAAUUGGCAACCGUCAUCUACCCUGUGAUUUGAUUUGUAUUCUUGUAAAAUGUCUUAUUUAACACUUACAGUACUACCAUCAAUUAUUUUACUCUAGGUUUGGAAUGGCUGCUAGUUUAUCUUUUCUAUCAUUGCAUUUUUAUUAGACCAUAACAGAUAUUUAGAUCAUUCCAGGUGGAAUUGUAUCCAAAAAUGCCAAUGUAAAGCUUCUGUUAACAACUUUCACCAUAUCAUUAUUGCUAACCCUACAAUGAGGUUGCUUGAUGUUUCAGAGUUUAAACAUUUAAAAAAUAAUAGGGGCAGUAAGUAGAAAAUAUUUCCAUCCUUGUAGAACAACUAUCAAUUUGCAGGAAAUAAUUCUGAGUUACAGCUUUAAAUCCCCCAAGCAUCUAUAUAUGAAAUUGCAACCAGAGGUCAAAGAUAUCUUGAUAGCUGUACCUUAGCUUCUUUGUGUGUUGGGAACGAAGACACUGCCUCUUGUAAUACUGUAUGAGAUGCAUUGUGUCAUUCUUACUUGUAAUUUCUGUUUUAUGAAAGCAUUACAUAUAGAUAGCUUUUUUGUAUAACUGAUAAGACAGGAAAGGUAAAGACAAAAUUAUAUAUAUAUAUAAAUAUCUUUCUCCGACAUCCAUCAUGGAAUAUUAGGAUGGUUCUAGCCGGAACAUAGAGAAGACAAAUGAUUCUGUCAUAGAGUAGCCAGGAAACAAUUAAGUAGGUGUGUAAAACUUCCCAUUAUCACUGUCUAUACAUGGCAGCACAAUUGGGAACUACCCAAGCAAUACUAAAGGGGGGCGUGAAAGAAAACAACCACUGGAAACAAAAUAACUCCAGUAGAAAAUAUAGUAACAAAAAGAACUCAACCUGCAACAGAGCAAACAUAUACAGCAAUGUCAAUUGAAGGUGUGACGAGAGGACCAGGUUGCUGCUUUGUAUGUGCUCCUUCCACAUGUUCCUCAGUUGCCCAGGAAGAAGAGCAUGCCUUUGUUUAGUGAGCCUUGAGACCUAAAGAAGACAAGUUCUGAAGUCCGGUGUGCGUUAAUAAUGUGCAGUGAGUGUUUAUAGCAUGACUUUAAUUUUCAUGUCCUAUCAGCUGAGAGAAUACCACUUUGGUUUUUCUGCCAUGUAUAGAAAAGGAAAGGUCAUGAAUCCAAAAUCUCGAAAUAUUUGGUAAAUCCCUCUGCCGUGCCUUCCUUGGUAUCCUAGACAUGUUGGUAGGUGGAUCUAUAAUAUAGAAAGGAACACAGGGCAUGGUUCAGACAAGUACCAUGUAGUCCAUGCACUAAAAUGCAUCUGCUAUGUAUUUGUGAAUUCCAUUUUUUUUAAUGUUUUAGUUUUAAAUCCGUAUAAUUUAUAAACCGAUUUCUUUACACUCUGAAAACUUUGAAGACUGAGUGCAUUUUCUAGAGGCACAGAUGUCAUGUAGCCAUCUAGCAUUUGGCAAGGGGGGGUGGGAAAGAUGGCAAUUAAGAAACCUUUAAAUAUGUUUUUAAAUAUUUUUGAGGGGAAAAAAAUAUUUGAAAAGUCUGGGAUUUCUUUAACCCAGUUAUCUGAUCAAUUGAUUGAAAUUGUAAUGGUAACUUUAUUGUACAGCCUACAAUAUAAAGUAGUUAUAAACAUUUAUAUUGUACAUAAUUCUGAUCAUGGCUUCGUGUAAAAUGUUUCUGUGGUGAAGGUAUCUUUCUAAACAAAUUGCCACACUUUCUUAUUUUUUUAUUACGUGCUAAUAAUAUAAUGGAUACUUGAUCAGGUAAUAAUUCUUACCACAGAAAAUAAUACUCUACGUACAAUUUUGACCCGUUCUAAGAUGUAUUUCUUGAGUAAUGUUCAUUACACAGUGCAUUUGUGUAUUAUCCAGUGCAUGGUUAUGUACACAGGCUUGGAAAAAGGCAAGAACAAAUAAUGCAUUUGAUUCCUUUUCUAUAGUAAGAUUUGUAUAGGCUGUAAGAUGGAGAUUCAUUUAAAAAAAAAAAAAGAAAUGGCACCUCACCUGUUUGUACUUUUCAGACGUUUCACUUGACUACUCCGAAAGUACAAUAACGUAAAAAAAAAGACAUUUAAAGCAUCCAUUAUUAUUACAGGUAACGCACAAAACAUUACAGGUCAUCAUAUAUUAUGUUAUUUGAUGGAAUUUACAAUCAGUGUUUUCUUUUUAUUUACAAUUUUGAAAAACAAUAAAUUGUUUUUAUUUAUGCAACUGUCAGCCAACUUGUUAAUUGACACGGGAUUAAAUUUCAGAAUAAGUUUACUGGUCCAUGGAAAACUAUGAAAAAUAAUUGAAAGACAUUUUAUGUUUAUUAACAUUGAAUUUAAACCUUUGGUCCGUUUAGAAGAAUGUCUUGUUUGCAGUGGAAUUGAAGAGAAUAUAUUUUGUACGUGUUAAAAGCUUUAACUGCAAAUAAUUAUAUUUUCCUUUUUUUUUUUUUUUUUGUUCUAAACCUUAAUGUGUACCCCAAUCUUAAUGUUUGGCUGUGGGAUUUAAACUUCCCUUCCUGUCAUUUAAUACUUAAGUAAUUAAAAUAAAAUGUAAUAAAAUAAAAACGGUAAACAGUUUAACACUCAAGAUGCAAAAAUGAUUUAAAAUUCCCCACCCCUCCCCCCAGCUUGUUUUUAUUUAUUUAUGUAUUGUUUGUUCUUUCAUUUUUCUAAUAUUCUAAUAUAGUCAGCUAACAUGAUAGGAUAUAAGAAUUUACCAUAGGCUGCUUUUUUUUUUCUUUUCCAGAUGAUUUAUAAUAGAUGCCCAAUGGGAGCUGCAGAUGGGCUUCUUAUUUUCAUAAGAGAAAUCUAUAUUGUAUAUGAAUAUCUCUAUCCUCACAGUAUUUAACAUAGUUGUAGAGACCUGAGCAUUUUGUUCUCCAUAUGUUGGAGUAAGUGAGCUCAGCAUUUUGCUUUUAUUUUCAAUCCAUACAUUAAAGAGAUUAAUCUCUUCG